CUACAAAUUCUAGUUCUAAGGUUGAUGAUCAUUACCCACUCGCACGUGGUGUUGUUGCUCAAUCCCCAAAGCUUGUCUGCUGGUACUGAUCUGUUUCCAUGGUUUGAUGCUCUGAUACCUCCUCCAAGAUCCCUCCAGCCUUUAACCCGUAGAUAGCGUUGUUGGUCGUGUGUGUGGUUGUCAAGGUGGCGGAGGAUAGUGAGGGGAAGGUGCGAUAUCGUCGGGUGGUGACCCCCAGCUCUCAACGAUGGGUACCCCCCACAGCCAGGGAGAACGUAGACCCCAUGCAGACACUCUUCAGGAAAAUACGAGGGAUACUCAAUAAGAUAACUCCAGAUAACUUUGAUAAGCUAAGCUAUGAACUCACUCAAUUACCAGCCGUCCACACGAAAGAAGCUCUCAAAGGAGUCAUCCUACUAGUAUACGAGAAGGCCCUGGAGGGACCCCACUACACAUACAUGUACGCACAGCUGUGCCGCAGACUCAACGAAUUAGUACCAAACUUUGAGGAGCCUGGCAGCCAAUCCACUACAUUUCGUAAGCUGUUACUGCACAAGUGCCAGGAGGAGUUUGGGAACAGGAAAGCUUCGUUUGAGAGGAGAGAUGGACUCAGCUCAGAAGAGGAGGAACAGAGGGGCAUGGCCAAGAGGAAGAUGCUCGGAAACAUCAGAUUCGUUGGGGAGCUGUUCAAGAUUGGUGUUCUGCACGAGGCCAUCAUCCACAGCUGCAUCAAGGAGCUGCUUGAGCGUCGUCGUGGCGCCAGCAUUGCAGACAUUACUGAGAAUAUGGAGUGUCUCUGUCCAUUUCUGAGCACGGUGGGGGGUAAACUGGACACGCCCAGAGCUAAGGGUUGGAUGGACAAGUAUUUUGAGCGAAUGCACUCUCUGACCUUUAACCCUGACCUCCCACGGAGAAUUCACUUCAUGCUGUUGGAUUUACGCGAGCUCAGGGCUAACAAGUGGCAGCCUCGUCGCUUCUCAAGUCAGCCUGGACCACGCCCCAUCCAUGAGAUACGACAGGAGGUGUACCACGACAAACCCACCCCUCCACCAUUGAAGCCAUUUAAACAGCCACCUUUCAGAGGUUCCAAGUACCCCCCAGUGCUGCCACAGCGUACCCCCUCUGGUGACGAGGGGUUCCUCACGUCCCCUCCGGAUGGCAGACACUUGUUCUCACCACAAGAGUCCAUAUCCAUGGAAUUUCCGACACCACCACCACCACCACCACUCCUUCAGGCAGAUGGAGGCGUGAUCAAAGGGGCGGAGCCUAGCAAAGUGGAAAAGAAACCACUCAGAAAACUCCCCAAAGCAAAGACUGGCGACACAGUUAGUCUUCGUCCCUCUUUGGGAGGGCUCAAGCCAUCGUUACGGCAACCAUCACAUGACGAUGACUCUACUGGUUCCACAACCUCACUGACUGAGAGUGGUGAGAGCAAGGUCAAGAAGGUCGAACGAUUACCUCGUACUAGGGACGACUCAUCAGACGAUGAGGACCAACCAAAUUCUGCUGCCCCCCUUCACCCAAUAGCAGGAAUGCCCCCUCGACCGUUUGGACCUGGCUACCCCCCACACAUGAUGCUCCCCAGAGUCUACCCCCGACCACCUAUGUACCCCAUCACCAAUAUACCCCCUAGACCAAUGAUGUAUGCCCCUCCCCCUGGUCCAAUGCAUCCCCCUAAUUCCAGGCAAAGGUUAUACGGCCCACCUCCCCCAAUAGGACCUCCCAUGGCCCCGUACACUGGGCCACGGUUCAGACCACCACCACCGCAAGGGAUACAGUCUAACUAUGGACCACCCCCUGGGUGGGUCACACCCCCUCCAGAGAGACCACACCCACUAACAGAGCUGGCAGAAGUCCCCCUUCCCCCACACUUAGAGCGAAAUGAGCCACUCAAGGUCAAACAUAUCUCUGCUAAGACUGGCAAGAAGGGCGGAGCCUCAGGAAAGAAAGCAGUAAAGAACGAAAAUGAAAAAGCUGUGGAGCUUCUCAUUGGUCAGCUGCUCAAGUCACGUGACCUUGAGGGUAGUGUAGCGGCUGUGAAGCUAACGAGUGUACCCAGAGACGCACUCACCACCCUACUCAUCACCAAGACACUCGGGAAGUCAGAGGAUGACCGCACUCGUAUCAGUGACCUCAUCAAACAGCUACACUCAGAGGAGCUGGUAACGGCACAGCACUUCCUACAGGCUGUUGGGAAGGUACUGUCGUCAGCUGGUGACUAUGAGACCUCCCUCCCCCAGUACAAGACCUAUCUAGCCGGCUUCAUGGCCAGAGCCAUCGCACACGAUGUCGUGGAGUUUGGUGCCAUAGCAACGACCUUUGAACACGGAGCUCAUCAUCCGACAUUGCUCGUUGUGUUGCAAGCCCUCACCACACUAGUUGGAGAGGAUACGGUGUCUCGUAGAGUGCGUGGGUUAAAGCUCUCCUCCUUACUGCCAGUUGAGUACCGAUCUCACGAGGCCAUCACUGAACUACUGGAGGCAAAGAAGCUGAUCUUCCUGUAUCCCCUGCGACACAUUCAGACUGAGCUGUCAGCCAAGCUACGACAACAAGACAUCAGCUCAGUGGCCAUUUACAAGUGGAUCAAGAUCAAUGUUGACUCCACCUACUACCACACCCCGGAGUUCAUCAUGGUGCUCACGAAAUGUAUUCUGGAGUAUGUGUGCUCGGAGUCCACGCUGGCCCCUUCAGUUGCUAGGGCCGACAAUCCAUCCAAAUCAGUCGUCACUAGAGAGAAACAGCUCAUGGAAAAGUUUAAGGUUCUUAUUGAGAGGUUUGUGAGUGACGACACACAGCUGCAGAUCAGCACACUCUACGCCACACAGACUUUCUGUCAUCAAAACAACUUCCCUAAAGGUCUACUGCUGCGUCUGUUCUCUUACCUGUACAGUAUGGACGUCGUGGAAGAGGAGGCUCUCCUCAAGUGGAGGGAGGAUCUCUCACAAGAGUACCCCGGGAAGGGAAAGGCUCUGUUUCAGGUAAACCAGUGGUUGGUACUGUUGGCUGAAGCAGAUACCUCUGAGGAGGAGACUUAACUAAUAAACUAUAAUAGACAGACACUUAAUUAUACCAUGCCAGCACCGAUCAAAUGGGCGGGACACCAUUGUACUGUGUAAACAAGAAUUGUACAGUUUUUGAUUUAAUAAUAAGUGUUUAACUACUUUCACAA